GAGUAAUUCACCAUAUUCUGAAAAUUCAAAACGAUUAUGAAGUAAUAAUUAUGAUUGCUGAUUUACAUUCUUUAACUAUCCCAAAAAAAGAAUUUAAUUAUCAAACCAAAGUUUUCGAAAUGGCCGCUUUACUUUACGGAUGUGGACUAAAUGAAAAUUGUAAAAUAUAUGUUCAAUCUUCGGUAAGCGAACAUUUAGAACUAAUGAAUUUAUUAUCUCCUCAUAUUACAGUUGGUAAGUUAGGCGACAUGAUUCAGUAUAAAGACAAAGUAGAAAAAGAAGGAGGGACGGGUAAUUUAGCUCUUUUAUCUUAUCCGGUCCUAAUGGCGGCGGAUAUUUUUCUUUACACUGAGCAAGAAAAGGAUUUAGUAAUUGUCGGUCAAGACCAAAAACAACAUUUAGAGUUAGCCACUGAUUUAGCCAAUAAGUUUAAUAAUUUCUACGGAAAAGAACUAUUAAAAUUACCUAAAUCUGUUAUUCCUGAACUAGGAGCCAAAAUAAUGGGAUUAAAAAACCCCGAAAAAAAAAUGAGUAAGAGUGAAAAUGAUUAUAUUGGUCUAUUAGAUACCCCCCAAACAGUAAAAGAAAAAUUUAAAAAAGCCAAAACUGACAGCGACAAGAAUAAUACUAUCUAUAGAGAAAUAAGUAAAGUAGAAAAAGAAAUGAAAAAAUUAAAUUAUUCUGAAUUUAAAGAUAAAGUUGCUGAAAUAGUAAAUGAAAAAUUAGGAAUUAUCCAAAAAAGAUAUAGCAAUUACCUUCCUAAAAUUAGCGAAAUACUCGAAAAAAACAAUCAAUAUUUGAAAAAUUUAGCAAAAAAAAAAAUUACUAAGCAAGAAUCCCAAAAAAAUUACUUCUUUUCCUUACUUACUAAAAUAGAUGAAGAAUACAAAAAUUAUAAAUGUUGGCCAAGAAAGGAAAAUGUUUUUCGCCUUUUCCGAGAAAUUUCAUUAGACAAAAUAAAAGUAGUAAUCUUAGGACAAGAUCCUUAUCAUUUGCCCGAAGUAGCGGAUGGGCUAGCUUUUAGCACCCAAAAAAAUAACUAUAUUCCCGCUAGUUUAAAAAAUAUUUUUCUCGAACUUAGUCAAGAUCUCAACUGUUCCCCUCCAACCAAAAGUAACUUACUUCCUUGA